CUUGGUCCCAAGCAACUGUUCUUCGCUUUCCCUCAGACUGAUUUGUUGAGGAAAGGCAGUCGACCUGCAGGAGGGAAGAGGAGGAUGUUCUCUUUUUCUGUCAGAUUUCGACUGGGCGUCAUCAGAGGUAGAAGCAAAGCUCCAGCUCAUCGCCACGUGGUGGCAGUGUUGUCAGUGUGGAGAAAUGAGGAGGCUGCGAAUCACGCUGCUCCUGAUGCAAAAGCCAUGAAAAGAUUUUAGGUCAUAGAACUUUAAGCUUUAAAAUCUUGACAGUGCUGUGCUGUGCUUCAGUAAUGUUAAUUUCUAGUUUAGAGCAAUUUAGAACAAUUGCUGCUCAGCUCCCAGAGGUUUCAUCAGUCCAACGCACUGCUUCUUCUCCCAGGUCUGUUUCCUGUUGGAAAUGAAUUAGUCUCACUCUGAAAGACUCACUGUGCUUGAAAACUGAGGACAAAUGUCUCAGAGGAACUUGUCUAAACCAAAGAGUAUUGUGUCCACUGGAACAGCUGACUAAUUGUCAUUGAUGUAACAGCUGGUAUGUUGUUACACAGCUGGAAAAUGGGCAGCUGUGAAAUUGAGGGGAUCAUUCUGCAGCCUGUGUUGCUCAGCGUUUGGUUUGGCUGCAGCGUCUCCUCACGAUGACGUGAUAAGUGGAGGAAACGGGGGCGAUGAGGACCACAGAAGCGGUGCGGCGCCCAGGAUCGUGAGACAAAUGGUGGGACAGGUGUGACGGCGGGUCGGGUGGAGCGGCCUCGGUGGAGCCCACGCUCAGCAGACGGCCCUUCAACCUCCUCCACGUCAGAUAGCGCCUAUUUAGCUGAACUCAUGCUUUUGUGCUUUAAUUUGCACAUUGAGUCUAAAUGCGUCCCUCUGUCCUCAUGCUCAGCUACUCCACACUAAAUGAAUUUCAGCUGUUCUCGAACAGGCAGCUGCUCUGCACUGGGAGUUUUCAAAUGCAUUUGCUGGUUGAGAGACAGACAACGAGCGGCAGAGAGCCGGUGGUGUCGACGCAGGCUGAGUGAAGCGGGCGCCGGCUGUAAGUGAGAGAAACGUGACACUCAGAGUCUCACAAUGAAUUUUCAGGUGGUAAUUGUGCUGAGAGUUGAGUGCGUGGCAGUUUGGUCUAAUCCUGCAUGUGUGCAUAUGUGAGGAGAUGUGUUUGACUUGGUGAGAAACGGAUAAAGAGAGAGGAAGCGUGUGCGUGCGCGGGGGGAGGGAGGAACUACUGAACCCCUCUGGCAGAGAGAGAACACACUCACUCUGUGGGAGAGAGCGGGGGAAUGUGAGUGUGAAGGGAUGAAAUCCUCUGGAAAGCAUCAAUGGGAAAGGCUGGCUCCACAAAGGACAGCAGCAAAAGGACUAAUCAGCUAUGGAUUUAAUAGAAGCACCGUUUGGGAGAUGAGUAUUUGUACUGGUCUUUCUCUCACCAAGUGUUAGAGUGGAUCUGCCCUCGGUCUGCUCCAGAAUCCACAGGGACCGGGCUGAGCGCAUGCUGCACAUGAAGACACGCAUGCGGUGCUUCUGAGACUGUCCGCUCGCUUCCUUCCUUCCUUCCUUCCUUCCUUCCUUCCUUCCUUCCUUCCUUCCUUCCUUCCUUCCUUCCUUCCUUCCUCCCUCCUAGCUCGCUACUCUCAGGCAGUAUUAGAGCCCAGCCGGGUUCGGGCUGCGCUGACUGACACAGCCAUGCUGUGUGGUCUGAGGAGGGACACCAAGAGCAGCGUCGAUGAGGGGCCGUACUCCAGGGGGAGCGGGGGGUCCGGGCCCGCGGAGCAGCCGCACUCGUCCAGGAGGCGCAGCCUUUCAGCAGACGAGUACAGGGGAGUGACCACGGUGGACCUGAUGAAAAGGGAAGGCAGCAGCCUGGGCCUCACCAUCUCCGGAGGCUCGGACAAAGACGGGAGGCCCCGCGUGUCCAACCUGCGUCCAGGAGGGCUGGCUGCCAGGAGCGACCAGCUGAAUGUAGGCGACUACAUCAAGUCGGUGAACGGCAUCAACCUGUCGAAGCUCCGCCACGACGAGAUCAUCAGCCUGUUGAAGAACAUCGGGGAGCGGGUGGUGCUGGAGGUGGAGUACGAGCUGCCUCCGUACGUCCAGAGCCCCUCAGGAGUCAUCACCAAAACCAUGGAAGUUUGUUUACACAAGGAGGGAAACAGCUUUGGCUUCGUAAUCAGAGGAGGUUUUCAUGAAGACUGGCACAGGUCCCGGCCUCUGGUGGUCACACAGGUUCGACCCGGGGGUCCUGCUGACAGAGAGGGCACGUUGAAGGCGGGCGACCGCGUAUUGAGCAUCGAUGGGGCGCCUCUGAACAGAGAGAAGCACGCCGACGCGCUGACCAUGCUGAUGCAGAGCGGCCAGGAAGCGCUGUUCCUGAUCGAGUACGACGUGUGUGUGAUGGAGGCCGUGCAGCAGGCCUCAGGCCCCCUGCUGGUGGAGAUCAUCAAGAGCUCGUCCGCUGGCCUGGGCAUCAGCCUCACCACCGCCGUGUACCGGAGCAAGCAAGUCAUUAUCAUUGACAAGAUCAAAGCAGCCAGCGUGGGGGACAGGUGUGGAGCGCUGCACGUCGGCGACAUCAUCCUGUCCAUCGACGGGACCGGCGCCGAGCUCUGCUCCCUGAUGGAGGCCACGCAGCUGCUGGCCGGCGCCGGCGACAGCGUCAAGCUGGAGAUCCUCCCCGCCAGCCAGAGCCGACUUCCUGUGCGGCCGCACGACGCAGUAAAAGUGCAGAAGAGCAACCAUCACCACUGGGACCAGAGCAGCAGCGGCUUCUGCCCCCCCCCCCACGGCAGCCACUGCAAGACAUGGAGCAGCCCCAGCCGCCCACACCACCAGCAGGACCACUGCAAACCCCUGGUGAGCGGUGGCUUCUCCCCUUCCUCCACAGCCACCUCGGGCUUCAGCAGCCAGGGCAGCAGCACCCUGCCCUGCCCCGCCCAGCCGCUCGCCCCCACCAGCCCCCGCGGCUCCACCGGCCGCCGGAGGACCGGGAAGAAGGACCACAAGAGCUCACUGUCUCUGGCGUCCAGUUCUGUCGGCCCGGGGGGGCAGGUUUUUCAUGUGGAAACAAGCGAGAUCCUCCUGAGGGGGGAUCCGCUCACAGGUUUUGGGAUCCAGCUGCAGGGCGGUGUCUUUGCCACAGAGACUCUGUCCGCUCCCCCAGUCAUCCGCUUUAUUGAGCCCGACAGCCCGGCUGAGAGGUGUGGGCUGCUGCAGGUCGGAGACAGACUCUUGUCCAUUAACGGGAUCCCGACUGAAGAUGGCACGCUGGAGGAAGCCCAUCAGCUGCUCAGAGACUCUGCUCUGGCCAAUAAGGUCACGCUGGAGAUUGAGUUUGACGUUGCAGAGUCAGUUGUUCCCAGCAGCGGCACCUUCCACGUCAAACUACCCAAGAGACGAGAUGUGGAGCUGGGCAUCACCAUCAGUGCAAGUAAGAAACCCGGCAAACCCCUCAUCAUCUCGGACAUCAGAAAAGGAAGCAUCGCCCACAGAACGGGCACCUUGGAGCCUGGAGACCGGCUGCUGGCCAUCGACAGCGUGCGUCUGGAGAACUGCACCAUGGAGGACGCCAUGCACGUGCUGCAGCAGGCCGAGGACAUGGUCCGCCUGCGGAUCCAGAAGGACGAGGACAAUAUUGAUGAGCUGGAGAUGUCAGGCUCCAUAAUCUACACGGUUGAGCUGAAGCGAUUCAACGGACCUCUGGGCAUCACGAUAUCCGGCACCGAGGAGCCGUUUGACCCCAUUGUCAUUUCUGGCCUGACCAAGAAAGGCCUGGCAGAGAGGACGGGGGCCAUCCACGUCGGGGACAGGGUCCUGGCCAUCAAUGGGGUCAGUCUGAAGGGAAAGCCGCUGAGCGAGGCCAUCCACCUGCUGCAGGUGGCCGGAGAAGCCGUCACGCUCAAGAUCAAGAAGAAGGCGGAGCGCUGCGAGGCGCGGCCGCCUCAGGACCGAGAGGCCGUCUUUCUGAGCGACACCGAGGACGAGCUGAGCGACUCGCAGAGGACGGGGAGGCCGUCCGAGGCCUACGGCGCCACGGUGCCCAGCAUCGACUCCGCCCUCAGCUCCUGGGACGGCUCCGGGUUCGACGGCGGCUACGGGAGCCAAGGGACGUUUCUCCACAAAUCCUCGGACCUGCUGCUGAACCCGAGCGGCUGGAGGCGCCCCAGGCACAGAACCAGCGCCGCGGGCUCCACGCAGCGCGCGGACCUGUACGACGGGAGGCUCACGGAGGUGGAGUGGGAGGUCCCGGGAUUCGUCAGUCCGCCUCGUUGCCAUGGCGCCCUGCACCAGGACAGCUUCUGGUCCCAGGCGCUGCAGGAUCUGGAGACCUGUGGCCAGUCUGAGAUUCUCAGGGAGCUGGAGGCUUCCAUGACAGGCAGCACUCUCAGUCUGUACCUGGAGGAGACCAAGACCAGUGAAGACCCAGUGUUUCAGUCUGAAAUCAGUCCCAUUAAAAGUGAGAAGAACCAAAGGAACCUGAACCUGUCGACUGGGACCAGAACCGUAGCGUCCAGGGACAAAGGGGACCCCUGUGAUGCUCUGUCCCCUUCAGCUCUGGAGCUGCACAAGGUGACCGUGAGGAGGAACCUCGAGAGCCGUGACUUUGGCUUCAGCGUCUCUGACGGGCUCCUGGAGAAGGGCGUUUACAUCAACGUGAUCCGGCCCGACGGCCCGGCGGACCGGGCCGGGCUCAAACCCUUCGACCGCAUUCUUCAGGUGAACCACGUGAGGACCAGAGACUUUGACUGCUGUCUGGCGGUGCCUCUGAUCCUGGAGGCCGGCGGCGACCUGGACCUGGUCAUUAGCAGGAAUCCUCUGGCAGCAGCAGACUGCGAGGACCGCGAGGACUCCCUGCUGUGCUUCUCUGCCCACAGGACCAACACCAUCGCUCUGUGACCAGACUGGCUGAUGAAUCGCACCUCUCAGACCUUCACACACACACACACACACACACACACACACACAGACUCAGCGUCUCUCACUCAGUUUCAAGUGCACGUGUCCACUCCUGCCGGUUUUAGUCACUGUGUUGCAGCACAUGAUGCAGUUAAGAGGAGGCUCUGGCUCCGGGGGACAUCCUCCCUCUCCCUCCCCCACGCUCCUCCAGAGGCAGAGCCACAUGCCAUGUUAUGUAACGUUGGAGUCGUGGCUUCUGCCUCAGCCAGGAUUUUAACACUGAGCCCCUCAGCUCCAGAGGCUCAAAUGCUGCAAACAUUCGGAAUCUUCUACUUCAGCGGCCUUCGCGUUGUCAUUGAAGAACAUGAACCUGGUUGUGGGGGAGUUUUGUUGCAGCGCUUCACACACAGGGUGUUGGAGCGCUGGCGGUUCUGGCAUUUGAGUGCUUUAAGCCCAUGUUGGCGCGUUGCCCUCGUUUCCAGUCCCGUCCACGCGAGCGGACGCAUGGACCGAACGCUUCCUGCUGCUGCCAAGCGCCGGCCACGGAGGCCUGAGAACACACGCUAACCUUUGUUUGACUGCACUACGACCACUUCUAGGGAGCGACCACAGACACAUUGUUGCGUUUACACGUUUUUUUUUUUGUUUUUUUUUUGUGCACCGUCCGUUUACAUAAACCACAGUUCUAUGAUCCGUUUAUUAUUCGUCCCUUUCACUUUUUCACUUCCACAGUAGAUUUGAGUUUGCACCAAAUAAGUUUGUCAUCCUCACGUGAUUGCCCUCGUUUCCCUUUUACAAAAGAUGAAAUAACUUUGUCACGAUGAAUAGUUUUGUUCACAUCCAUUUAAAGUGAGUCAGUUCAAGUCUCUCUGUCGGCAUGUGAAGCGUGAGGUUUGUCCUCAGCGUGUGGUUCCUGUAGUAAAUGAGUGGAUUAAUCACGCUUUGAUUUGAGCAGGCAGCUCCCUUCGUGUCAUGAAAUGUUUGAUAAAGCAGUUGAUCAAACAUCAGAUCAGACACCGGCUCAUCCAGAGGUCCGUUUGUUUCCUGUUGUGGCUGAUCAGGAGAAGCCUGAGCGGCUCAUUCUUCCAGAACUGAUUACGUUAUUAACUCCUGUCAAAUACGGAGACGGAUUUUAAAAGGUUUUCUCUUAAUGGGGUGUAUUUUAACUUUAUUCUAAUCUUGUUUUUAUUCGCAGCCCAAACAGUUUAUUAUCUGGUAUCUUCAUACUGUGGUGCUGAAUGUGACAUAUCUCUCUUUUUAUCUUUCCUUGAAAAUGUUGGGAGUCACUGAAACUUACUGCAUAUUUUAUUUUUGUUUUUUAAUUUAACCUAAGAAAUGUAUUUCUUUUUAAGAAUAAAGUUAUGAACUCGU